CCCGCGCGCCGCCGCCUUCCGGGGGAGCCGCGGACCGCGCGGCAGGGGCGGCGGCAGGUGGCCCUCCCCAGCUCCUGUCCUGCACUGGCUUCCCCUGAGCUGCAGCCUCUAGCUCCCUGGGCAGCCCCCACAGGCUUGGAGCCUGCAUCACUCCCAGCCACGACACCCCUUCCUACAGCAGUACCCCCAAGGGAGCAUCCACCCCCAGCUCUGCUCCUCUCUGGACCUCUGCCAUGCCAUGUCCCACCUUCCCACCUGCACAUGAUGGCAGGGAACCCCCCUCCCCUGGCCAGGCCCAGGAAGCUGGGUCCUGGGGAGGCCCAGGAGGAGGAGGAGGAGGUGGAGGAGGCGGGCUCUGUGAGGCCAAGGGCAGAGAUGCUGCAGCAGGCCCAGGAACUGUUUCUGCUGUGUGACAAGGACGCCAAGGGCUUCAUCACUCGGCAUGACCUGCAGGGCCUGCAGAGCGACCUGCCCCUCACGCCGGAACAGCUAGAGGCUGUGUUUGAAAGCCUGGAUCAGGCCCACAUGGGCUUCCUCACCGCUUGGGAGUUCUGCCUUGGUCUUGGGAAGUUUGUGGGGGUGGAAUCAGCCCAGGGCGCACUGCCCUCCCAGGCUCCAGAGGAAACCUUUGAGUCGGGCUGGUCAGAUGUGCAUGGCCCUGGGGGCUCCCUGGAGGAGGAGGAGGAGGAGGAGGAGGAGGAGAGAGUCGGCCAGGCGCUGGAGCAGCUGGGGGUGGCCCCUGUCCUGGGCGAACAGCGAGCGGUGCGGACGCUCUGGACCCGGCUGCAGCGCGAGCGACCGGAGCUGCUGGGCUCCUUCGAGGAUGUUCUGAUGCGCGCGUCGGCCUGCCUGGAGGAGGCGGCCCGAGAGCGGGACAGCCUGGAGCAGGCGCUGCGGCGGCGGGAGAGCGAGCACGAGAGGGAGGUGCGGUGUCUGUACGAGGAGAUGGAGCAGCAACUUCGGGAGCAGCGCCAGCGCCUGCGGACUCAGGACCUCCCCCGGGAGGAGCGCAGAGGCCUCCUGGAGCUGGAGCUGCAGAACCGCGACCAGGAGCUGGAGCGUGCGGGCCUGCGACAGCGGGAGCUGGAACAGCAGCUGCAGGCCCGGGCCAGCGAGCAGCUGGAGGCGCAGGCGCAGAACGCCCAGCUGUGGCUAGCCCACGAGGCUCUGAGAACUCAGUUGGAGGGAGCGCAGGAGCAGCUCCGCAGACUGGAGGGCGACCUGCAGGGCCGCCAGGAGCAAACCCUACGAGAGGUGGUCGCAGUCUCAAGGAACAUGCAGAAAGAGAAGCUCAGCCUCCUGCGACAGCUGGAGCUCCUCAGGGAGCUGAACACGAGGCUGCGAGACCAGAGGGAUGCCUGUGAGGCCAAGCGGCUGGGCAGUGGCCGAAGGAAAGCCCUGGCAGUGGCGCGCCCGCCAGGGCCCACCUGCUGCUGUUGCUGCUGCUGCAGCUGGGCUCGCCCUCCAAGACGUGGCUCUGGCCAUCUUCCCAGUGCCCGCUGACCAUCCCUGAGUGACUCACUGGGCGUUACUUGGAGAAGCUGCCCCUUGAAGGUGGUGCAUCGUGGCUAGGGGCUGCCCAUCCAGGAUGUGGGCUCUAUUCCGUGGACUGCCUGGCCUGCCUGCAUGUAGACAUGAAGGAACUGAGGAGCGGCCCGUUUCAUGUUCCUCCCUGCUGGUCCCCAUCCUGUCCCCAUUCCAUCAAACCGAUCUCUGACCAGCAGAAAAACUCCUUCCUCCCAAUAAAGCCCAUUGACUGCA